AUGGGCCGCCCAGAGCGGGGCGCGCUCCGGCCGCUGGCGCUGCUGCUGCUGCUGCUGCUUCAGCUCCAGCAUCUCUCCGCAGCGGAUCCGCUGCCUGGCGGCCAAGGGCCGGUCAAGGAGUGUGAAGAGGACCAAUUUCGGUGUCGGAACGAGCGCUGCAUCCCCUCGGUGUGGAGAUGCGAUGAGGACAACGACUGCUCGGACAACAGCGACGAAGACGACUGCCCCAAGAGGACCUGCGCAGACAGCGACUUUACCUGUGAUAAUGGCCACUGCAUCCCGGAGCGGUGGAAAUGUGACGGCGAGGAGGAGUGUCCCGAUGGAUCUGAUGAGUCAAAGGCCACCUGUUCCAGUGAAGAGUGUCCUGCCGAGAAGUUAAGCUGUGGACCCACCAGCCACAAGUGUGUGCCUGCCUCGUGGCGCUGCGACGGAGAGAAGGACUGUGAGGGCGGGGCUGACGAGGCUGGCUGUCCUACCUUGUGCGCCCCGCACGAGUUCCAGUGCAGCAACCGCUCUUGCCUGGCCUCUGUGUUCGUGUGCGAUGGCGACGAUGACUGCGGUGACGGCAGCGACGAGCGCGGCUGCUCGGACCCGGCCUGCCCGCCCCGCGAGUUCCGCUGUGGAGGAGGUGGCGCCUGCAUCCCUGAGCGCUGGGUCUGCGACCGCCAGUUCGACUGUGAGGACCGCUCGGAUGAGGCGGCUGAGCUCUGCGGGCGAGCGGGCCAGGGGACCACGGCCACGCCAGCAGCCUGCGCCCCUACCGCCCAGUUCACCUGCCGCAGCGGCGAGUGCAUACACCUGGGCUGGCGCUGUGACGGCGACCGCGACUGCAAGGACAAGUCUGACGAGGCCGACUGCUCACCGGGACCCUGCGGCGAGAAUGAGUUCCAGUGUGGGGAUGGGACUUGCGUUCUUGCAAUCAAACGGUGCGACCUGCAGCGGGACUGCCUGGACGGGAGUGACGAGGCGGGCUGCCUGCAGGGGCUGAACGAGUGUCUGCACAAUAAUGGCGGCUGUUCUCACAUCUGCACGGACCUCAAGAUCGGCUUUGAGUGCACAUGCCCAGCAGGCUUUCAGCUGUUAGACCAGAAGACCUGUGGUGACAUUGAUGAAUGCCAGGACCCAGAUGCCUGCAGUCAAAUCUGUGUGAAUUACAAGGGCUACUUUAAGUGUGAAUGCCACCCUGGCUAUGAGAUGGAUACCCUGACCAAGAACUGCAAAGCUGUAGCUGGCAAGAGCCCAUCCCUGAUCUUCACGAACCGUCAUGAGGUGCGGAGAAUAGACCUGGUGAAGCGGGACUACUCACGGCUCAUCCCCAUGCUCAAGAAUGUUGUGGCACUGGACGUGGAAGUAGAUACCAAUCGAAUAUACUGGUGCGACCUUUCCUAUCGCAAGAUCUACAGCGCCCACAUGGACAAGGCCAGCAUCCCGGACGAGCAGGUGGUCCUCAUUGAUGAGCAGCUGCACUCUCCAGAGGGCCUGGCGGUGGACUGGGUCCAUAAGCACAUCUACUGGACAGACUCAGGCAAUAAGACCAUCUCAGUGGCCACAACCGACGGCCGCCGCCGCUGUACUCUCUUCAGCCGUGAACUCAGCGAGCCCCGAGCCAUUGCCGUUGACCCCCUGAGAGGGUUCAUGUACUGGUCUGACUGGGGCUUCCAGGCAAAGAUUGAGAAGGCUGGACUCAACGGUGCAGACCGGCAAACACUGGUUUCAGACGACAUUGAAUGGCCCAAUGGAAUCACCCUGGACUUGCUGAGCCAGCGUUUGUACUGGGUGGACUCCAAGCUGCACCAGCUAUCCAGCAUUGACUUCAAUGGAGGCAACAGAAAGAUGCUGAUUUUCUCCACUGACUUCCUGAGUCACCCUUUUUCGGUAGCUGUAUUUGAGGACAAGGUAUUCUGGACAGAUCUGGAGAAUGAGGCCAUUUUCAGCGCAAAUAGGCUCAAUGGCCUGGAAAUCUCCAUCCUGGCUGAGAACCUCAAUAACCCACAUGACAUUGUAAUCUUCCAUGAGCUGAAGCAGCCAAAGGCUGCAGAUGCCUGCGAACUGAGUGCCCAGCCCAAUGGCGGCUGUGAAUACCUGUGCCUUCCUGCUCCUCAGAUCUCCAGCCACUCUCCCAAGUACACUUGUGCCUGUCCUGACACAAUGUGGCUGGGCCCAGACAUGAAGAGAUGCUACCGAGCACCUCAGUCUACCUCAACUACAACCUUAGCCUCUGCCAUGACAAGGACAGUACCUGCUACCACAAGAGCCCCUGGGACAACCAUCCACGACCCUACCUACCAGAACCACAGCACAGAGACACCAAGCCACACAGCUGCCGUCCCUCACUCAGUUAACAUCCCUAGGGCUCCCAGCACCAGCCCGUCCACCCUGAGCCCUGCAACGAGCAACCACUCCCAGCACUAUGGGAACGAAGGCAGCCAGAUGGGUUCAACAGUCACCGCUGCUGUCAUUGGGGUCAUCGUGCCCAUAGUGGUAAUAGCCCUGCUCUGUAUGAGUGGGUACCUCAUCUGGAGAAACUGGAAGCGGAAGAACACCAAGAGCAUGAAUUUCGACAACCCAGUGUACAGGAAAACAACAGAAGAAGAGGAGGAAGAUGAACUUCACAUAGGGAGGACGGCUCAGAUUGGCCAUGUCUAUCCCGCACGAGUGGCAUUAAGUCUUGAAGAUGAUGGACUGCCCUGAGGAUGGGCCCACCCACUUCGUGCCUCAUGGAGUUCAGUCCUAUGCACUACUCUCUCUGGAUGGUGUGUGAUUGGAUGAAUGCCAGCCAUUUCUAUAUAUGGGUCUGUGUGAGUGUGUGUGAGUAUGUGUGACUUUUUUAAAUUUAUGUUGCGGAAAGGUAACCACAAAGUUAUGAUGAACUGCAAACAUCCAAAGGAUGUGAAAGUUUUUAUAUGUAUAAUGUUUUAUACACUUUUUAACUGGUUGCACUACCCGUGAAGAAUUCAUGGGACAGACACUGCUGAGUGACUAACGCGAUGCACAUAACCAAACGGGGCCAAUGGUACAAACUUCACUCAUCAUUUGAAUACAGUAUUUACAGAGGAUGUUUGAUUUGAGAGCUUUUUUAUGUUUGAGGAGUUUGGGUUUUUUUUGUAAAUAAAAUUAUGCUUUGUGGCUAUCCAUCAACAUAAGUAUAAAAAGAAAGAACACGUCAGCUCCCUUCCCCACUUAGAUUAUUUAUUAACAUAUUUCAAAAGUAAGGUUAGCUCUAUAAGUAAUUUAGAGAGGCGAGAGUAUUUAUUUUUGGUAUGAUUGGCCCACUGCACAGACUCUGUGUCUAUGUGUGUGUGUUUGUAUGCGAGAAAAAAAUCUGUAGAGAGGCACGCUUAUGACUAUUGUUCAAAUACAUAAAAACAGUUCUUUUAAAACUGUCCACAAGACACAAGGAGUGUCUAGUUUUCAGAGACACCUUCAGAAUCUUUGCUCAGAAAACAGAUGCCACAGUUUGUGCAGACAUGUGGUUGGAAAGGUAGAUCUUUUCACCUCUGGUUACUCCUGAGGCCCUGAUGAGCCAGCAAAAAGCUUCUCGGUUCCUCUGUGGCUGUCAUGAUGCCCACCUAGGCUUUCUGAUCAGUGUACAGAUACUGCACAGCGCUACAAGCCCUCAUGAGAUCAAAAUGGCAGAGUCCUUCUUUCAAAAUUCAGCUCUCAGCAAGGACUCUGGUCAACCUCAGAAGCUUCUCCUGAAGGCUGAGCCUUUAGAGUAGCUAGCUGUUCUCAACCUUUGUGGGUCAAAAGACCCUUUCACAGGGGUCGCCUCAGGGCAUCGGAAAACAUGGAUAUUUACAUUAUGAUUCAUAACAGUAGCAAAAUUACAGUUAUGAAGUAGAAACAAAAGUAAUUUUAUGGCUGGGGGGGUCAGUACGACAUGAGGAACUGUAUUAAAGAUUUUGAAGCAUUGGGAAGGUUGAAAAUCACUGCUCUAGAGCCAAGUGAAGGCGUUUCUAGGGUCCCCAAGUUUACUGUAAGGACUGGCUCAGGCUCUGAACAUCUGAGUCAUGUGAACGAGGACAAAGAGUUUGGAAUAGGUUUGGCUGCAUCUAUCUCUCAUCCCCUCACUUUCCACCAUUUUUCCUACAUAGGGGAACAUUUUAAAAUAAUAAACAUGUUUCUUACCACCAUAUGUUCACAUGGAUAAGACUAAGUCCAAAAAGGUGACUAUGUCCAAAUUUAUAUUUUGGGGAAAUACCAAUCAGAUAUUAUAGCGUAUUGGGUAUAUGUCCACACAAGGAUUUGUGUCACUGCUUUAUAAAUAAAAGGAAAAACUCUGGGUA